AUGGCCAACGCGUGGGGUAUUGGGCGUGAUGAAGCCGUGUUUGAUCCGUCCUUGGGAAACCUGGACGACUAUGUCCCCGAGAGGUGGCUGAUCCAUGAUGAGAACAACGGCCAGCCCAAGCUAAGAAGUAGCUUACCCCUUGCCGCAUUUGGUCAAGGAAGGCGAAGCUGCCUGGGGAAGAAGGUCGCUAUUGAUGGAAUGUUCAUUCAAGUUGCGAGACUUCUAUGGGCCUUUGACAUCGAGCCUGUGGAAGAAGUUGAUCCAUGGAAGAUGGACGUUGUUGGGCUGAUGAUCAUGCCAAACGACUUUAGGUUUAAACUGAAGCCACGAAACCUUUGGGCGGAGGCUACGAUCAAAAGGGAGUGA